UACACGUUUUUGGCCUUAGUAUCUCUAUCAGGUGAAUACCUGGAGGAAUAAUUUGCAAAAAUGUUUUUAAAGAUGAAUGAGAGAAAAGGGAAAUGUGUGACCCACCUAAGUGGCGCCCAAAUGGUGGGAGCAGCAGUGGACACUCUGGGGAGGCCUAAGGACUCUGUCUCCUACAGGCAUCAGGAUGUGGAGCUGGGUCCAGAGGGUGCUGCCUCAGCCCCCAGGGACCACUCAGAAGACAAAGAUGGAGGAGGAGGAGGAGGGGGCAGAACCAGAACUGGAGGCGGAGCUGGAACCAGAGCCGGCGCCUAAAACAGCUCCGAAGGAGGCCGAGCUAGGGGACGAAUCCCUGCCACCGGAGGAGCCAUUUGAGGGGGAGGAAGUGGCUACAGCUGAGCCAGGCCCUCAGGAAACCCAGGAGGCUGCCCCUACUCCACCCACAUCCCUCCAAGCCCAGGUUGCUGUGGUUCCCGAAGUGAACAGCACUCCCAGUGGCUGGGUGCUGACCUGGCUCAAGAAAGGCAUGGAGAAAGUUGUCCCACAGCCGGUCCUCAGCAGCGGGCCAGCCCAGACUACUGCUGCUGGCUUGGAAGGCCCCACCCAGGCAGGAGCACAGAUCCCUGGGCAACGCAGCAAUGGGAGCUCAGAUGGACUCGAUGUGGCCCCUGGGGCCCAGGACACUGGGCCUGGGCCCUGGCUGCUCAGGUGGCUUGAGCAGAAUCUGGAGAAAGUGCUGCCUCAGCCCCCCCAGAGCUCCAAGGACUGGGGAGAUGAGCCUGCAGAUGCUGCCUUGGGCCCAGACUCCUGCUCUGCCUGCUGCUUAGAGCCCCCAGGACCCCCUUUGGAAAGGGAGCCCAUGCUGCAGGCCCCGGAGAGCCCCAACAUGCCCACUGCUGGCCCCCUGGAGCCCAAGGAAGAGCCAACUUCAGAGCCCCAGGCCACCUUCCAUGCUUCCUCCUUGCCGCCUGCUGGGGACCCUGCCAGGUUGAUGGCUUGGCUCCGGCACAGGCUGGAGAUGGCCCUGCCGCAACCCGUGCUCCAUGGGAAGGCUGGUGAGCAGGAACCUGAUUCCCCUGUGGCGUGUGACGUGCAGACCGUCUGCAUCCUCCCUGGAGGCCAAGAGGAGCCCGAUCUCGUCCUAGAAGAGGUUGACCCUCACUGGGAGGAGGACGAGUAUCAGGACCGGGGCACCAGUCCGCAGGGCUCAGAGGCAGCUCCAGCUUAUGAAGAGGAGAAUGAGGCCAUGGAGGAGAUGCCCAGGGAGCUGCCCCAGAUUCAAGAGGAAAGAGAAGAUGAGGAGGAAGAUGGAGAGGAAGAGGAAGAAGAGGAGGAGGAGGAGCCUAACGUCCUGCUGGAUAGCUGUCUGGUGGCACAGGCUGGCGAGCACCCGAGCGGAGUAGGCAGGACCCAGCCCCAGGAGGCCGCCCACCAGGAGCCACAGGAGGAGGCCGUGGCUGCCAGCCCAGAAGUGCCUGCUACAGAAGAGCACCCGGAAGUGCAGGUGGAAGAUGCCGAUGCUGACGGCCACCCCGUCAUCUUGGAGAACCCUCCCUCACCCGAGCUGCCGCCACCUUCUCCUGCCAAAUCGGACACCCUUACGGUCCCGGGAUCUGCCGCAGGGACCCAAAGGAAGGGGCCGCCCUCCCAGGAUGAUGAGGCUGAAGAGCUCAAGGCACUGUCGCCAGCUGAGUCUCCCAUGGUCGCCUGGUCAGACCCGUCCAGCCCGCAGGGCACUGAUGGCCAGGACCGCGCAACCUCCACGGCCAGCCAGAACAGCGCCAUCAUCAAUGACCGGCUCCAGGAGCUGGUGAAGCUUUUCAAGGAGCGGACAGAGAAGGUGAAGGAGAAGCUCAUCGACCCCGAUGUCACGUCUGAUGAGGAGAGCCCCAAGCCCUCUCCAGCCAAGAAAGCCCCAGAGUCGGCCCCGGCGGUAAAACCCACCAAAGCGGGACAGGCGGAGGAAGAGGAACACUAUUGUGACAUGCUCUGCUGCAAGUUCAAGCGCCGCCCCUGGAGGACCUACAAGUUUCCCCAGAGCAUUGACCCGCUGACCAACCUGAUGUACAUCCUGUGGCUGUUCUUCGUGGUGCUGGCGUGGAACUGGAACUGCUGGCUGAUUCCCGUGCGCUGGGCCUUCCCCUACCAGACGCCAAACAACAUCCACCUCUGGUUGGCGAUGGAUUAUCUGUGUGACCUCAUCUACUUCCUGGACAUCACCGUGUUCCAGCUGCGCCUGCAGUUUGUCAGAGGGGGAGACAUCAUUACGGACAAGAAGGAGAUGCGCGAUAACUACCUGAAAUCUCGUCGCUUUAAGAUGGACGUGCUCUGCCUCCUGCCCUUGGACUUUCUCUACUUGAAGUUCGGUGUGAAUUCCCUCCUGCGCUUGCCCCGCUGUUUGAAGUACAUGGCCUUCUUCGAGUUUAACAGCCGCCUGGAAUCCAUCCUCAGCAAAGCCUACAUUUACAGGGUGAUCAGGACCACGGCUUACCUGCUCUACAGUCUGCAUUUGAACUCAUGUCUGUAUUACUGGGCGUCAGCCUAUCAGGGCAUCGGCUCCACUCACUGGGUUUACGAUGGCGUGGGAAACAGCUACAUUCGCUGUUACUACUGGGCUGUGAAGACCCUCAUCACCAUUGGUGGGCUGCCUGACCCCAAGACACUCUUCGAAAUUAUCUUCCAGGGGCUGAACUAUUUCACCGGUGUCUUUGCUUUCUCUGUGAUGAUCGGACAGAUGAGAGACGUGGUGGGGGCCGCCACUGCAGGGCAGACCUACUACCGCAGCUGCAUGGACAGCACAGUGAAGUACAUGAACUUCUACAAGAUCCCCAGGUCCGUACAGAACCGUGUCAAGACCUGGUACGAAUACACCUGGCAGUCCCAAGGCAUGCUGGAUGAGUCAGAACUGAUGGUGCAGCUUCCGGACAAGAUGCGGUUAGACCUCGCCAUCGAUGUGAACUAUAACAUUGUCAGUAAAGUGGCUCUCUUCCAGGGCUGUGACCGACAGUUGAUCUUUGACAUGCUGAAGAGGCUUCGUUCUGUCGUCUACCUGCCCAAUGACUAUGUGUGCAAGAAGGGGGAGAUAGGCCGAGAGAUGUACAUCAUCCAGGCAGGACAGGUGCAGGUCCUGGGUGGCCCUGAUGGGAAGGCCGUGCUGGUGACGCUGAAGGCUGGAUCUGUGUUUGGAGAAAUAAGCUUGCUGGCUGUUGGUGGCGGGAAUCGUCGCACCGCCAAUGUGGUCGCCCACGGGUUCACCAACCUCUUCAUUCUGGAUAAGAAGGACCUGAAUGAAAUUUUGGUGCAUUAUCCCGAGUCUCAGAAGUUACUCCGGAAGAAGGCCAGGCGCAUGCUAAGAAAUAACAACAAGCCCAAGGAGAAGAGCGUGUUCAUCCUUCCUCCCCGGGCAGGCACCCCCAAGCUGUUCAACGCCGCCCUGGCCGUAGCAGGAAAGAUGGGCGCCAAGGGGGCAAAAGCCGGCAAGCUUGCCCACCUGAGGGCCCGGCUCAAGGAACUGGCUGCGCUGGAGGCAGCAGCGAGGCAGCAGCAGUUGCUGGAACAGGCCAAGAGCUCGCAAGACACUGCGGGAGAGGCGGGAUCCGCCGCCCCAGACCAGCCAGCACCGCCAGAGCCCCCAGCCCGCAGCUCUCCGCCACCUGCCUCCCCUGAGAGGCCCGAGGAAGGCAGGGAAGGGGCGGCUGGGCCGGAGGAGCACUCGGUGCAGAUCCGCAUGAGCCCAGGCCCAGAUCCCGGUGAACAGAUCCUGUUGGUGGAGAUCCCGGAGGAGAAGGAGAUCCCGGAGGAGAAGAAGGAGAUCCCGGAGGAGAAGGAGAUCCCAGAGGAGAAGAAGGAGAUCCUGGAGGAGAAGGAGAUCCCCGAAGAGGAGGAGAUCCUGGAGGAGAAGGAGAUCCCGGAGGAGAAGAAGGAGAUCCUGGAGGAGAAGGAGAUCUCCGAAGAGGAGGAGAUCCUGGAGGAGAAGGAGAUCCUGGAGGAGAAGAAGGAGAUCCCGGAGGAGAAGGAGAUCCCCGAAGAGGAGGAGAUCCUGGAGGAGAAGGAGAUCCCGGAGGAGAAGAAGGAGAUCCCGGAGAAGAAGGAGAUCUCCGAAGAGGAGGAGAUCCUGGAGGAGAAGGAGAUCCCGGAGGAGAAGAAGGAGAUCCCGGAGGAGAAGGAGAUCCCGGAGGAGAAGAAGGAGAUCCCAGAGGAGAAGCAGGAGGCCGAGUGA